AUGGUCGCAAAAAUCUAUGAUCCCGUUUAUUUCGGAGAGGCGCAGUACUUUGAUCCCUUCAACUUUCUUGAUUUAUUCGUCUCGCGGGAGACACAGGCAUAUCAACAUCUAAAGUGUCUUUACGGGACGAAGGUUCCGCAUUUCUACGGGCAUUUUGUAGCUCCCCUACCCGCUCAGUGCAAUAGAACCGUCAACAUCAUCUUAUUGGAGUACAUCCACGGCAGGGACAUACGGGACCUUGUUCCUGCAGAAAAGGCGGAAGAGGCACUGUGCAGCACGCACAAGGACAUGCUCAUCAAUGCGGCCCUCCGGCUUUACUUUGACAUCUAUGCGUUGGGGGUCGAACAGCUAGACAUGCAACCCAGGAACGUGAUAUUGCGUCCUAGGCGCAAAGACGGGCCU